AUGGCGAGGCCGUGGAAUGUCGCAACUGCCGCAGCAAACCAAACGCACGCCAAACCUGCGGCGCGGAAGGUGCGGCGGGUGCGGCAAAGUUUGGGUGCGAACCGGACCCUUAGACCUAGCCCUUCCUGGGCCACACCGCGCUACCUCCGCUUCGAAAACCCCAGAGCAGACCCCACAUACGUGGCCGGCGCCGGCGCCGGCGCCGCCGCAAUGUCCGACGAGGAAAAGGAGAGGGAGGUCCGUCUCCAGGACUAUUUUGAUGAGCAGCGAAGAACCGCCAGGGAGAGGAUGACUGUCUUCGCUGAACGUGGGGAAGCCAAGAGGAAGUAUGGCCAUCGCCCAGACAUGCCGCCGUUUGAGAUCAUCAAGUUCCCAGAUCUUUUGGAGAGAGCAUGGGGAUGGGAUUGUGAUGAGAUCAGCCAGAGCCAUAAGGUCACCAAAUGUGCAAAUGAAAUAAGCAAAAUGAAAUGUUGCGAGUUUCCUGCUGCUGCUAUCGCCUUGAAGGCUGCAACAAAAGGCACCAACUUCAUCAUUGACUUACUAAGGAAUCAGAGUCAUUACAAGGAUGAUAACUACGAUGAAAUUUUUUUCGAGAUCGUGACUCAUCGGGAUUUUUCCUUGGAAACAAUGACGAGAAUAUCCAAUGAAUGUUCUGCUGCAGAAGAGUCUGCAAUGGGCAGCAAUGUGAGCAAUUUGGUAUUUGGUGAAUCUAAUGAUAAGAAUUGUUCUGAGAAUGAACUAGCACAAAACAACAACAUGCAGGAAACAUAA